AUGCAUGGAAUAAACUCGUUGCUUGCAAGCUGCAGUCGUGUUCUUGGGCCCAUUGCUGUUACGGACAUGUUUGGAUACUUUGGACCCCAACUCGUUUGGGUAUUUCAAUUUGGCGUUUGGGCAGUACUUCUCGCUAUAUUCGCCAUAUUCUAUAAACGACUGGUACCGUUGGAAAUGCCAAAAGUAGCAGAAGAAGAAGAGGAAGAAGCAAGAUGGGCCUCAUCCUGCGUUUUUGACAAAGUCGAGGUUGUACAUGGAGUAGAGUACUUAACAUGGAUGAGAACGGACGAGAGCGGAUGCUUUACUGAAUGCUUCAAGAACAACGCCUGCAUUGCACUAUGGUAUUACAAAGAUGAAGGCAGGUGCUUCUUGUCCAGCACAGGAAACGUCAGUUUCCCCUGUGAUCCCGACGAAAUCUGCUACACUCUUCAUCGCGAUGAGGAGGAUUCCGUUUGCGCAAGAUACGUGGACGUUUAA